AUGAGAACCUCGUUCUCGUCCAUUCUUUUUAGCCUCUGGCUACUCUCUGCAGGCGUGGUUGCCUCGCAGGAGACACACACCUCGAUCGACGAGUCAUGUGGCUGCACAGUCAAGUACAUUGUCGUUGAGAUGCCGCCUCAGACUGUCUCGUCCUUCGCCGAUACUACUACUACCACCGGUCUAGUCUCCGCCGCUCAGGAGACUGCUUCUAUUAAAGCAAAGACUACUCCCGUUCGAUCCAAGACGUCUCAAACCACGAUCCACGCAUCAUCCACAUCUCAUCACAAUACUACUGCGACGUUUAUUCCCAAGACUCCCGUCAAGGUCGACUGCAGCAACCCCAAGAAUGCGAUUCCCAAGAAGAAGAUCGCCAUGUCUUACGGCGACCUGAGCGAUGACGACGUUGUUCAACAGAAUGAUAACACUCCGAAGCCAUCGCACAAGCCCUCCAACGGCACCUUCACUGCAUUCAAUGCCAACAAGAACACCACCUCUACAAAGGCACCUACUGGAUCGAUUGAUAUGGAUCUCGUCAUGAACCAUCCAGCUGUUGUGCUCGACUACAUCGAUGCUAUCACUUCAGUGGAAUGCACAGCUGACACUAUUGAGGUCAAGUUCGGCAAGGCUGAUGUAUUUAACAAUGCGAUCAAGACAUGGCUGGAUACUUUCAUCCUCAUUACAAGUAACAUGGGUAAUUGUAAAGCAGCCAAUGGCCAGGCUUUCUACCUCGUUGAUCGUGUCACGUCGGACAAAAACCAGAAGUCCAUAACUUGCUAUGCCUCGGAGCAGAAGCUGGAAGACAUCGCUGAAACAUGCGAAAUGUCCUUCAACUCGAUUCCUGCCACCAAGCUACGAAAGCGUCUCGACCUGAAUCCCAGUCUGUCUCUCGACUUCGGCACUGGACUCGCGAGAGACACCGUUCUUUUCAGUGAAGAACCGUUUGUCAACAUCAAGGCUGAGAAGGCUGAGUUUUCUUCCACUGUCUCCUUUUCAGGACGCGCCAAAUACAACUUUUGGAAGUUCAAGAUGGAACAUCUCUACUUCGAUCUCAACACACGUUUCUCUGCCGAUGUUGCCCUGUCAGCCGAUGUAGCAGCAGCAUGGUCACGUUCCAUCUUGUACGACCCAGAUACUCUCACCUUCACUGUUGUGGAAGUCCCUGGCAUCCUGUCCCUCGGACCAGGAAUUGCUUUCGCGGUCGGAGUCGACGUAGAUACUUCAGCAGCUGUCGCAGUCCACGCUGGUGCCGGUAUUUCAAUCCCUGCUGGAAACGUCCACCUUGACGCUCUCGAUGGAAGCAAGAACAGCGCCACAGGGUGGGAGCCACAGUACACAUCCUACGCUAACAUAAGCGAGAGUGUCGAGGUUGGUUUGAACGCCAGUGCAUCGCUGACUGUCCAACUCACGUUCAAGUUGCUCGGCGGUCUUGUUGAUCUCAGCAGUGGACUGACAGCCACACCUGAGUUUGUGAACAAGUUCAGUCUGGAUGCAGCUCAAUCUGGUCAUGCUUCGAAUGGUGGUGCUGGUGGUUCAAUCAGUACUCCUCCCGGUGGAUGUGGCGUGUCUCUUAAAUCGGACUUUGUGUUUGAUCUCGAUGGAUUUGCAACUAAAUGGGUCAAGGGCAACUUGUAUCAUGUGGAGGUGCCAAUCACUGACAUUUGCUACGCGUUCUAA